AUGUCUGCCGAUGCUGCAGGCCCGCGCGAUGCGGCCUCUCCCAGUCGACUGCCCGCCAUGGCUACCACGACCGUCAAAGUGGAUGGCAUGACCUGCGGAGCCUGUACUUCUGCCGUCGAGGGCGCUUUUACAGGGGUAGAUGGCGCCGGCGAGGUCUCUGUGAGCUUGAUAAUGGGCCGGGCUGCGGUACAACACGAUCCGACAAUACUUUCGCCGUCAAAAGUGGCGGAGAUGAUCGAGGACUGCGGAUUUGAUGCGUCGGUUUUGUCGACAGAGGAGCAUCUAAAAACUAUCGUGAACGAUCUGCAGGAAACGCCCAGAACUUAUUCAUCGACAACUACCCUCGCGAUCGAAGGCAUGACUUGCGGCGCAUGCACCUCUGCUGUUGAGAGCGGACUGGCUGACGUUGCUGGUAUCAACUCGGUCAAUGUGUCGCUGCUCUCGGAGCGAGCUGUGGUGGAACAUGAUGCGGACAUUAUUACCCCGGAGCAAAUAGCGGAAAUAAUUGAGGAUCGAGGAUUUGGAGCGCGAGUGUUGGAAACCAAGGCGCCGGCUGGCUCGUGCGAUGGUUCCACACUUGGUGAUAUGAUUGAAGACAAGAGAGGACACAUGGUUACUACAGUUUCUAUCGGAGGAAUGACUUGUGGCGCUUGCACCUCGAGUGUGCAGAAUGCCUUUGUCGAUGUUGACGGCGUGGUUCAGUUCAACAUCAGUCUCCUCGCCGAACGCGCCGUGAUCGUACAUGAUCGGUCAAUUUUGACCGCUAAGGCUAUCUUGACACUCGUGGAAGAUGCUGGAUUUGAUGCGUCGAUCGUGUCAUCCGAAGCGCAAGAACCUCUCUCGAGGAAAACGCAGCAGCUUCAUCUCACUCUUCACGGAUUACGAGACGCCGCAUCCGCCUCUGCGCUAGAAAGGGAUCUCUCCUCCAGGCCUGGAAUCAAAACCGCCUCCAUCACAUUAUCAAAUUCCCAAUUGAGUGUUGCCUUUGAUACAUCCGUUAUUGGUAUUCGAUCUGUCUUCGAUGUGAUUGAAGCUGCUGGAUAUAACGCGCUGAUCACGGAUUUGGAUGACACCAACGCACAGUUGGAAUCAUUAUCUAAAACCAAGGAAAUCCAAGAAUGGCGACGGGCUUUUAUCGUGUCUGUUUCUUUUGCGGUUCCCGUAUUCUUUAUCAACAUGCUGCUUCCUAUGUAUAUGCACCCAAUUGAUUUUGGGCGGUUUCAGCUCUUUCCUGGUCUUUAUCUGGGAGACUUGUUAUGCCUUACUCUCACUAUACCAGUGCAAUUUGGCAUUGGUCGGCGGUUUUACAUCUCUAGCUUCAAAUCUUUGAAGCACAAAUCUCCCACUAUGGAUGUUCUUGUUAUGCUAGGCACAUCGGCUGCCUUCUUCUACAGCUGUUUCACCAUGGCGAUGGCUAUCUUUAGCGACUACCACAAGCGGCCGAGCACCGUCUUUGAUACUAGUACUAUGCUCAUCACAUUCAUCACUUUAGGAAGAUGGUUGGAGAAUCGCGCUAAGGGGCAGACGUCUGCAGCGCUCUCCCGCCUUAUGUCAUUGGCUCCAUCCAUGACUACUAUCUACGAAGAUCCUAUUGCAGCAGAAAAAGUGGCUGAUGGCUGGGCAUCUUGGGAUGGUCAGCCCGUUUUGGCUGAAGAUUCAACCGUGAACCAGAAACUCAUCCCUACAGAACUGAUCCAGGUCGGGGACAUUGUCGUUCUUCACCCCGGUGACAAGGUGUCUGCUGACGGUAUCGUGAUUCGCGGCGAGAGUUAUGUGGAUGAGAGUAUGAUUACAGGUGAAGCAUUGCCAAUCCACAAGAAGAAAGGCAGCUACGUCAUUGCUGGUACUGUCAACGGCACUAGUGCGGUUGAUUUCAAAGUCACCCGGGCAGGCAAGGAUACCCAGUUAAGUCAGAUUGUCAAAUUGGUCCAGGAUGCACAGACAAGUCGGGCUCCAAUCCAACGCAUGGCGGAUAUCGUGGCUGGCUACUUUGUGCCCACUAUCAUCUGCCUUGGCCUGGUAACCUUUUUCGGUUGGAUGAUCCUCAGCCAUAUCCUACCUAACCCACCCAAAAUCUUUAAAUCUGAAGAAGCGGGUGGCAAAGUUAUGGUCUGUCUGAAAUUAUGUAUUUCAGUGAUUGUUUUCGCUUGUCCUUGUGCUUUGGGUCUUAGUACACCUACCGCCGUGAUGGUUGGAACUGGUGUUGGUGCUGAAAAUGGAAUCUUAGUCAAGGGCGGUGCUGUCCUCGAGGCUGCAACCAAAGUGAACCAUGUUGUCUUUGACAAAACAGGUACCUUGACCACAGGCCGGAUGAGUGUCGCUCAUACCCGGAUCGAACCUCAAUGGACGGCAAAUGAUUGGCGUCGCCAAUUAUGGUGGCUUCUUGUCGGUCUAGCCGAGACAGGCAGUGAGCACCCAAUCGGACGCGCCAUUCUAUCCGAAGCUAAGACAGAAUCUGGUCACCCUGGAGAAGACGGCCUUCCAGGAAGCAUUGGAGAAUUUGAUGCCUGCGUUGGCCAGGGAAUUUCGGCAACUGUUGAGCCAUCAACAUCCGGCGAGCGUACCCGCUACCAGGUUCUUUUGGGUAACGCAGAGUUCUUGCGCUCAAACGAAAUACCCGUGCCGGAAUCUGCUGAUCCCGAAUCAUCGGGAACCAAUGACUCCGAGGAAUUGAGGCCCAAACCCACUGGCGCUGGAUCUGGCAUUACUCGGAUCCAUGUCGCAAUUGACAAGCGAUACGCAGGAACGAUUUCCCUUCGUGAUAGUGUCAAGGAUAGUGCAGUCGCGGCAGUGGCUGCCCUGCAUCGCAUGGGCAUUGCAAUUUCCAUGGUCACGGGUGACACUCUGUCAUCAGCGAUCUCAAUCGCAACCGCCGUUGGCAUCCCCUUAUCUUCGGUCCACGCCUCUGCCUCCCCAUCUGACAAGCGCACCAUCAUCUCCCGCCUCCAGAUGAGCGGAGAGCGAGUCGCUAUGGUUGGAGAUGGCAUCAACGACUCUCCUGCUCUGGCCACUGCUUCUGUUGGAAUUGCCCUGGCCUCCGGCACCGAUGUCGCGAUGGAAGCGGCAGAUAUUGUUCUCAUGCGCCCGGAUGAUCUCCUGACCGUACCAGCUAGUCUCUCCCUGUCGCGCACUGUCUUCACUCGCAUCAAGAUGAACCUUGUCUGGGCAUGUCUCUACAACGUCAUCGGCCUGCCCUUCGCAAUGGGCAUCUUCCUACCUUUCACUGGCUUCAUGCUUCCUCCCAUGGCAGCCGGCGCUGCCAUGGCUAUGUCCAGCGUCUCGGUUGUUGUCAGUAGUCUACUUUUGAAGCUUUGGCGUCGUCCCUCCUGGAUGGACAUUGACCGCCUUGAAAAAGAGGUCAACUCCGGUGCUAUCUCCGCUACUGGUCGUGCACGCCAUUCUCGCAAAGCUAGCUGGUGGUCACCUGCUACCAUCCUAUCCCCUGACGAUCCACGCUCGGCCCGUCGCUACGUUGUGCAUGUUAUUGCUGCGCUAUGGUCAGUGGCAACUGGCAAGCAAUCGGCUCGAGAAGAUGAGGGCUAUGUCCCACUACAAACUGUUGAACCUGUAUGA